GCGGGUCUUACUAUCGAGAACACAUAACAAGUCACUUGUCUGCUGUCUACCCUGGUCUUUGCAGUUGGUGAUCUACCUGGAUCCACUUACUGAACCUCUUAAGCUUUCCUUUCGGGGUUAUCUUCUUCACAAUCUUCAUGCGAUGCUGUGUUUUUGAUAUUUUCCCAGAGGACCUUGAGAUCCUGUGUGUCUACCACUGCCUCUUUGUUGCUCCUGGGGACAUCCUAUUGAUAUUGCCGUCCUUUGAAAUUCUGUGGCCUUGCAAUGUACCCUUGGAUUAUAUUGUUGAUUCUGUGUAGCCGCUAUUGCCAGUGCUCAGAAUUGCUGUGUGAUGUGACCGAAUAUGAGAAAGACGGUCGAUGUUGUUCUUUAUGUAGGCCAGGAAAGUGGUUGUUGAGAGACUGCACAAAGCAAAAUGACACCGUGUGCAUCACCUGUUCUGCCGGCGAAUACCAGGAUAAAUACCACAGAGAAACUAGCUGUUUGCUGCACAAAGAAUGCAAUGAACAGCUUGGAUUUGAGAAGAUAAGCGAAGGAAACCUAACCACAAAUGCAAACUGCAGAUGUCAAGUAGGAAAGCACUGCUCGAGUGCAGCCUGCGAAACAUGUGUGUUGAACAAAGUGUGUGGUCCAGGAGAAGGAGUUGUGCAAAGAGCUACUAGUGUUUCUGACACCAAAUGCUCACCAUGCAAUGUGGGGACAUAUUCUGAUACAGAAUCAGAGAUUGAGCCAUGUAAAGACUGGAGCAAGUGUGGUGAAGAAGAGGUGACAAUACAGCCAGGAACUCCUACUACUGAUCUUAAGUGUGGACCUAGGCCACCAACUAAUCAGUCUAAUGCUUGGAUCUAUAUCGUGGUCUUUGUGGGAGUCUUUGUAGCAAUCGUGUUGCCUGUCGUAAUCUUUGUGAGGAAAUCAAAACUUAGGAAGAAAAUUAGAAAGGAUCCACCUGAGGAGCACAAUCCACAGCAGCUUAUCAAACCUAAAGAAGACAACCUUCCUGAAGAAGAUCAGGAUGAUCAGGAUAUUACAAUGCAAGGAUUGCCGGUGGCCCAGGAGCAGGGGAAGGACUACCAUAUGUCUCAGGAGGAAGUCUGAGAGAACGAUGCAUUUCAACAUCAGCAUAGCCACAGAAUCAGACAUCUUAGAUGGGCAACAGUCUUUUAAAGACUAUUAAACUGGAUUUAAACAAAACUAGUGUACAUUCAGAUGUUUCGCAUCACAUCACUUGAAGCCUGACUUUCAGUAACCCAAAGAUUUUCUUUGCAUUGUGCUUUUAAUAUAAAUGGAAAAAUGACUACGUUUUAUGAAAUUGUAGUUCAGGUUUCAGAAAUGUUAUUUUUUUUUUAUAUUUUAAUUUAUUUAUUAAGAUUUGUGUUCUUUUUUACCUUUUGAAAACGUACCCAGUGACACGGAAACAUAUAAUAAUGACAUUGAUAAUGCAUUACAGACAAUACACAGUGUGCUGUCCGCAUUUCCGGAGCGCGCCCCCGAUCUUCCGGUCCGCGGCUCCAGAAAAAAAUAGAACAUGUCCUAUUCGGACAAGAAUAGAUAGUUCUAUGGGGGUGCCGGCCGGAUGAAUUGCAGAUCCGCAAUACACUAUGGACGUGUGAAUGGACCCCAAACCUAGAAAUAAAUCACACAAGUAGGCUCAGCUCUCUCUGCAACUGUCACGCCCUCUCCACUUGAUUGACAAGAACAGGCAGUAAAAACAUCAAUUCAUCAUACCUGGCCCUGUCAAUCAGUGCACCGAAAAAAAAAAAACUAAAAAAACACAGAAUGCACAGGGAAGCUAUUCAUUUUUCAAGCAUCCGCUAAUUUGGUUAUGGGUGUG